AUAGGCUUUGUCCUCUUGCAUUGCUACAUCCCUAUCUCACUUCCCUUGUUGAGUCUUCUUACAAUGGGGGACAAUAGCAACAAUAAUGUUGUUUUGUUGGGCUCAGGGUUCAGCAUGUUUGGCAUGAGAGCAAGAAUAGCAUUGGAAGAGAAAGAAAUCAAGUAUGAGUACAAGGAGGAAGAUCUUAUCAACAAGAGCUCCUUGCUCUUAGAAAUGAAUCCAGUUCAAAAGAAAAUCCCAGUUCUUAUACAUAAUGGGAGACCAAUAUGUGAGUCCCUCAUAAUUGUUGAGUAUAUUGAUAUGGUUUGGAACAACAACAAUAAUAAUGCUCCAAUGUUGCUUCCUUUUGAUCCCUAUGACAAAGCGCAAGCCAGAUUCUGGGCUGAUUUUGUAGAUCAGAAGGUGUAUCAUUUUUCUAGGAGAAUAUGGACUAAUUCCAAGGGAGAUGAGCAAGAGUUGGCUAAGAAGGGCUUCAUUGAGAGCUUGAAACAAUUGGAGGAGUUUCUCGGGGACAAGCCUUAUUUUGGAGGGGAGCAAUUUGGGUUUGUUGAUGUUGCUCUCAUCCCUUUCUAUUGCUGGUUUUAUACAUAUGAGAUGUUUGGAAACUUCAAACUUGAGACAUUUUGUCCAAAUAUCAUCUCAUGGGCUAAUAGAUGCAUGAAGAGAAAAAGUGUUUCUAUAACUCUUGCAGAUGGGAAGGAAGUUUAUGAGUCUGUUUUGGAUUACAAGAAUAAGUUUUUGAUGGACUAGGGAAAGCUCUGGUGAACUCAUGUAUCAAAGUAGAUAGAGCAAAUAAUAUUUGUUUCCCACAACAUCUAUCCCCCAAUUUCCAAAUUGCAUUGGUUAUAUAGCUAGUAAUAAUAGUUAAGUACUAUCUACAUAUUGAAUUAUAUGAACUCACUUGUGUAUAGCAUAUAUGGUGGCUCAUCACCUGUUCUUUUGAUGUUUGGAGUUUGAAUAUAGACUCAUUUUGUGGCCA